AUGGCGCAACGUGGCACCGUGGUCUCGCUCGUCGCGGUCGUCCUGGCUGCGUGCUGGGUCCAAGGCGCAUCGCUCGAGAGCAUGCUUGCCAUCGACUCUACGGCGGGGACCUUUAUCUCUGUCUUUCAGUUUGUCAGCGUCGCGAUCACAAGCAUCCCGACCUCGCGCCGCGUGCUGCCGCUGCACGUCCAUCUUGGCCUCGCAUGUCUCUACUUUGGCGUGAGCCAAAUGAACUCGGUCGCGCUCACGUGCGGCGUCUCGUUCCCGCUGCUCAACCUCUUUCGGUCAUCGACGCCAGUCGCGUCGCUUCUUGUCGGCGCCGCGUGCUUCCGCAAACGCUACAUGGUGCACCAGGUCGGCGGCGUCGUGCUCAUCUCGGUGGGCAUCCUCCUCACAACGUGGAUGGACAAGCCGCUCUUUGGUCGCGUGACCUUUUGCAGCGACAGCCAAAGUAUGCUCUGCGGCUACCCGCAACUGCAAGCCAUUGUCGCGCUCCUCGGGCACUGGCGCGUCGGCGUCAGCCUCCUCGUCACCGCCUUGGUGCUUGGCUCGUUCUUGGGCCACUGCCAAAACGCAGCCUUACGAGCGUACACGAGCUCGUCGAGCGGCGACGUGGCGCGCGAAAGCAUGUUCUACAUGCACGUGUUCUCGCUGCCGCUCAUGCUGCUCUCAGAGCGGUCGACGGUCGCCACGCGUCUCGCCGACUGGAGCCACGGUGAUCUCUGGGCGUCAUGGGCGCUGGGGCCCAUUGCCGUGCCGCAUUUGCUUGCGCUGCUCAGCGUCAACCUCGUGGCCAACUACGCGUGCAUUCGCGCCGUCUACCACCUCGCGUCGCGCGUGUCGCCCGUGUCGCUGCAAGUGAUUUUGACCUUUCGAAAGGCGUGCAACCUCGUCUUUAGCGUCCUGUACUUUGCCCAUAGCUUUUACCUCUCGCAGUGGGCGGGCACGCUCGUCGUCUUCCUUGGUGUCCUUCUGUACACGGACGUGCUGCGCCGCGACGAACGCGUCAAAGUCAAAGCAGCUUAA